GCAGCUCGCACGACCCGAUCAUCCGCGCUGCCUGCACAGCACACUUAGAUUUGGAAUUACCUUAAACAAGAUCUCUCUUUUUUUUACUUAUCCUGGAUCCCAAUACUGACUUUAGCUAUUGUGCAUUUGGCAUUCAGUGCAGUCUAAUGGCAUGGAACUGUAUCAGUGCAUGUGGAUUCUAUUAUUAUUUGUAGCUGCUAUCAUCUCUCCAUCCACGCCGAGCCCGAUGCAGUGGGAUGGAUGGUGUUAGAGUGGGGGUGAUGAUGGUGGAGGAGAGGGAUGAACAGAGGGACAGCGGCAACAGUGCCGCAGCGAUGGCCGCGCUACAGCAGUGUGAACUGAUCCAAAACAUGAUCGACAUCUCCAUCUCCAGUUUACAAGGGCUCCGGACCAAAUGCGCGGCGUCCAACGAUCUCACACAGCAAGAGAUCCGCACUUUAGAGGUAAAGCUCAUGAAGUACAUCUGUAAACAGUUGCAGUGUAAGCAGAAGGUGCCAGACACAGAGCGCCCGGCUGCCUUGUACAGCUACCCAAGGCUGGAGGACUGGUUACGCAUUAUCAACGUCAGACCUAAGCUCAUAGAGGCAGUUUUGUCAUUGGACGCUCUGCUGCAGAUGCCCAGCAGUCAGGUGCAGGAAACCAUGAGAAGGCUGGGCUCUAGUUCAGACGAGUGUACAAGGCUGUGUGCUGCUCUUAACUGUUUAAAGAGUGCCUCUGAGUCAGGGGAGUUUAAAGAGGACAGCUGUUGUUGGUUCUCUGAGCCUACGAGACGGGACAGUGGCUUAACUCCAGUGGAUCAGAUUCCGUUACUGGGAGGUUCCCUACGACCACACAGUCCUUCUCCUCUAGCCCGGCUCCUUACCACACCCUCAACACCCCUCACCUCCUGCCCGUACCCCCGCUACAUCCUGUCACCCGGAGAGGUUCAUAUCUCACAUGGUUACGCAGAGAGUCUGACCGACCCCAGCCCGUACUACACGUCUCGGCCUGUUCGACUUCACGGACACACCUCGACUCCGCCUAUAACUCCGCCCUCAAGGAGGAGACAGCGCCUCAAGCCGCCAUGCACCCCUCCUCCCCCCUCCCGCAAAGUUCUACAUCUACUCCCCAACAUCACACUGACCCGCAGCAAAAGCCACGAGAGUCAGCUCGGCAAACGCAUCGAGGACACGCCCACAAACAAGUGUGUGAAGAAGAACAAGCUGUUGCUGAAUGUCCAGAUUAAUGGAAACGGCUGUGAGGACUCUCUGUCUCGCUCACCCACUCUCUCUGCACGGACCCCUGGGCCUGCACCUGCCACAGCCCCUUACACCCUGCCGGGCACACCUACCCUUCAGGAGGAGCACAGCGGACUGAGGAAUAAUGUUACUGUCCACCGCAGUUCUCCUCAGGCUCUGCGGAGAGACAUCGGUCUGGCUGUCAAUCACAGGUUCUCCACAAAGUCAUGGCUCUCCCAGACUUGUCAGGUCUGCCAGAAAAACAUGAUCUUCGGGGUAAAAUGUAAACACUGCAGGUUAAAGUGUCAUAACAAAUGCACUAAAGAAGCACCACCCUGCAGAAUCUCCUUCCUGCCCAUCACAAAGAUUCGUAGGACUGAGUCUGUACCCUCGGACAUCAAUAACCCUGUGGACCGUCCACCCGAGGCGCCACAAUUUGGGACGCUACCAAAGGCAAUAACAAAGAAGGAUCAGCCGCCUGCACUGAAUCAACUGGACUCCAGCAGUAAUCCGUCCUCCACUACUUCCUCUACACCUUCUUCUCCUGCCCCCUUCCAGCUGAGUAACCCCCCUAGUGUAACUCCACCCCCAAACCCCUCCCCAAAGGGUCACCGUGAAAACCGUUUCCACUUUCCAGCUGCCUGUUAUUUCCAGCACAGACAACAGUUUAUCUUUCCUGAUGUGUGCAGUUCCAGCCUUCUUCAUUCUGAUGGACUCCCAGAUACAGUCAAUGAGAUCGACCCAUCUGUGGAGGAGAUGCACGCAGAACAAGAUGAGGAUGAAGAAAGAGAGGAGCUAGAGGAGGAGGAGGAAGAGGAGGAAAUAGAGGCAGAAGAGGAAGAGGACGAAGCAGUGGAGGAGGAAGAAGAAGAGGACGAGCUUGAGGAAGAAGAGGAUGAGGAUAUGGAAGAACUGAAUGCCGGCUCAGAGGGAGAGUGUGAAGGAGACGAGUUGGACGAUCUGCCCAGCACACGAGGAGGAACCCAUUGGAAGGGACCUAUCUCCCGUAAGGCCAGUCAGACCAGCGUGUACCUGCAGGAGUGGGACAUUCCCUUCGAGCAGCUGGACAUGGGUGAGCUCAUCGGUAAGGGCCGCUGGGGUCGGGUUCAUCGUGGACGCUGGCAUGGAGAGGUGGCCAUCCGACUCCUGGAGAUCGAUGGAAACAAUCAGGACCAUCUGAAGCUCUUUAAGAAGGAGGUGAUGAACUACAGACAGACACGUCAUGAGAAUGUCGUCCUUUUCAUGGGAGCAUGCAUGGCCCCUCCUCAUCUCGCUAUCAUCACCAGUUUUUGCAAAGGCCGGACGUUGUACUCUGUUGUCAGGGACACGAAAAACACACUGGACAUCAAUAAGACACGACAGAUCGCACAGGAGAUUGUGAAGGGUAUGGGCUACCUUCAUGCUAAGGGCAUUGUUCACAAAGACCUAAAAUCUAAAAAUGUCUUUCAUGACACAAACAAAGUAGUCAUCACGGAUUUUGGCCUGUUUGGGAUCUCUGGUGUGGUUCAGGAGGGAAGACGAGAAAAUGAACUGAAACUUCCUCAUGGGUGGAUCUGUUAUCUGGCUCCAGAAAUCGUACGCAAGAUGAGUCCUGGAAACAACGAGGACCGACUUCCGUUUUCUAAUGCUGCUGAUGUUUAUGCCUUUGGCACCAUCUGGUACGAGCUGCAGGCUCGAGACUGGCCUAUUACCAGUCAGCCUGUAGAGGCCACCAUCUGGCAAGUGGGCAGUGGAGAGGGCAUCAGGAGGGUGCUGGCAGAGAUCAACCUGGGUAAAGAGGUCACGGAGAUUCUGUCUGCCUCUUGGUCGUAUGACGCCCACAAUCGGCCCACAUUCACCCAGCUGGCUGACAUGCUGGAGAAACUGCCCAAACUCAACCGACGACUGUCUCACCCUGGCCACUUCUGGAAGUCUGCAGAGUUGUAGCUGUGUGCCUAAAACAUGUGCAAUGCAAAACCCACAAACCCUGGCUCUGCCUUGCAUGCCCGCUGAAACCCGGCCCUCCUCUGGACUUGCAAACUAACCAUCACCUGCAUUUCCGCCUCCAACUUUCUAUGGUUCUCAGGGUGGUGCUGGUGGUGGUGGUGGUGGGGACGACUUUUGUGGCGAUGCGUUAAAUAAAAUGCUUUGCCUUGUUUAUUCUUUAUUGAUUUCCUUUAUUGGAGUGAGCGACUGGUUCUCUCUUCCUCUCAUGCUCCAGUUUGUGAUGUCACAUGAUGCAAUUCCUGUUGGAUUCACCGGAUUCAAUGACACUAGGUGAAGAUGAAUGCCAAGCUCCUCUCCUUUUCUUUUUCUCCUUUUCUCUCCCUCUCUCGUGGACUUGGUGCCUCUUAGUCCUGCGUGACAUAAGCCGAUUAUGUCUCUGAAUGGACCGUUUGGUUCAUGCAAACAUACUUUUAGUUGUGACUCUUGCUCCACAGUGUCCAUUAGUAGAUGUUUUCGUUUCACGAAUGAUAAUGUUCUCAAUGGAGAGUUAUUUAGACAUGAGGGUCCCUUGAAUAUGGUCAGACCUAAAAACAGAAAGCUUUCGGAAUCUUAAAGAGAUCGUUUACUCAAAAAUGAAAACUGAGUCACUCACCCUUGGAAGAAAGUAAUUCAGGUUUGGAAUGACAUGAGGGUGAGUGAAUGAUGACAGAAUGUAAAUUUUUUGGGUGUACCUUUUAAUAGGGUUCUUUUAAGGAGAACUUCACCCUUUCAGUGUUAUAAUAUCUGGUACAGAUUGCGAAUAUGAGCCAAAGAGAAGUGUGUGUGUCUUCUCACCCAACUAUAGGUCUUUUAAUAUCAAGGAUGUUAAAAGCGGAUCCCUUUGUACGAAUUAUAGAGCAUUAUAUGAACCCAGCAGAACAGUGUUCCAUAAAGUUGUGUAAACCUGAACUCUCAAGUGUGUUUUGUAAUGUUGUGGACGGGUGUGUGUUUGUUCUGUGAAAGACUGCACUUUGUGGUGUGAAAAUAUCAAUGACAUGUAAAAUAUUUAUGUAUAAAUCUGUUUUAUUAUUGUACAGUCAAUGAACAGAAUUCUUUUUAUAUGGACAUUUUAUAUAUAUAUAUAUAUAUAUAUAUAUAUAUAUAUAUAUAUAUAUA